GUACUUAACAUUCUUCACUUCAUUUAUAUUCUCCUGUAACAAUUCUUAUUUCAUUUUCAAAAUUGUGCAUCUUCCAAGUAAAUUAUAAUAUCGAGAUUACAAUUAAUGCCACCAACCUUUUCGAACACGUGGUUGUCAUGCACCGAUUAUUUAAGGGGCGUUCUCAGAGACGUCUACGAUUUUGUAACAGACUUGGCAGUCCCACAUUUUCACGUUCGACUGUCUUCUUGAGUUUGCCUUUAUCCAAAUUUCCAAACAGCACCAGCGUUGCGACGGCGAUGAUGAUGGCGAUCGCGAUGAAGCGUGCUGCUGCUGCUGCUGCUACUCGUGCUAUUUCCACUGCUAAUUCCGGUUCGAUUCUCACCAGACACCUUCAUGCUUCUUCUGGCAAAAAGAAGAUUGUAGGUGUUUUCUACAAGGCACAUGAGUAUGCUGAGAUGAAUCCCAAUUUCGUGGGUUGUGCAGAAAAUGCAUUGGGCAUUCGCAAUUGGUUGGAAUCACAAGGCCAUGAGUACAUAGUCACUGAUGACAAAGAAGGACCAGAUUGUGAACUUGAAAAACACAUCCCCGAUUUACAUGUCCUCAUUACAACCCCAUUCCAUCCAGCCUAUGUGACUGCUGAAAGAAUAAAAAAGGCAAAGAAUUUACAACUCUUGCUUACAGCUGGAAUCGGAUCCGAUCAUGUUGAUCUCAAGGCUGCUGCUGCUGCUGGAUUAACUGUUGCAGAAGUUACUGGAAGCAAUACUGUUUCUGUUGCAGAAGAUGAACUUAUGAGGAUCCUUAUUCUUGUUCGUAAUUUCUUACCUGGACACCAUCAGGUUAUCUCUGGUGAUUGGAAUGUUGCAGGUAUCGCUCACAGAGCUUAUGAUCUUGAAGGAAAAACAGUAGGAACAGUUGGUUGUGGGCGAAUUGGAAGGCUUUUACUUCAACGAUUGAAGCCUUUUGGGUGUAAUCUUCUUUACCAUGAUCGGAUUCAGAUGGAUUCGGAAUUGGAGAAUCAAAUUGGUGCAACAUUUGAGGAAGAUCUUGAUAAGAUGCUUCCUAAAUGUGACAUUAUUGUCAUCAAUACCCCUUUAACAGAGAAAACAAAAGGAAUGUUUGAUAAAGAAAGGAUUGGUAAAUUGAAGAAGGGAGUUUUGAUUGUUAACAAUGCUCGAGGUGCUAUUAUGGAUACACAAGCUGUUGUUGAUGGGUGUAAUAGUGGACACAUUGGAGGGUAUAGUGGAGAUGUAUGGUAUCCUCAACCAGCUCCAAAGGAUCAUCCAUGGAGAUACAUGCCAAAUCAAGCAAUGACACCUCACAUUUCUGGAACCACCAUUGAUGCACAGUUGCGAUAUGCUGCUGGAGUGAAGGAUAUGUUGGAGAAUUAUUUCAAGGGAGAAGAGUUUCCACCCCAACAUUACAUUGUGAAGGAGGGUGAGCUGGCAAGCCAGUACAGGAAUCGGGUAAAGAGGAUGGCUGAAACAAAGUCAGGUAUGAGGAAACCUGUUUUCACAAAGGUGGAUCAACUGCGACCUGGAACCAGUGGCCACAAUCUGACUGUCAAAGUUGUUAGCUCCAAGCUGGUGUUGCAGAAAGGCCGACCAGAUGGCCCACAGCUUCGCCAAAUGCAAAUAGCUGAAUGCUUGGUUGGAGAUGAAACAGGGACUAUAGUUUUCACUGCAAGAAACAAUCAAGUGGACCUGAUGAACGCUGACAACACUGUAAUUCUGCGAAAUGCCAAAAUUGACAUGUUUAAGGGAUCAAUGAGGCUUGCAGUGGACAAAUGGGGACGUGUGGAGGUGACAGAAGCAGCUAAUUUCAAGGUAAAAGAAGAUAACAAUCUUUCACUGGUUGAGUAUGAGUUGGUCAAUGUUGUGGAAGAGUGAUUACAACAGAAGAUGUUCUUCACGCUAUUUUGGGCCAUAGUAAUGGAAUCUGGCAAAAUAUAUGGCUAGAGUUAUGGGGUUUUGUUGCAAUUCAUGUUAUGGUUUGACUGUUUAUUGAAAAAAAGUCUGCAAAGAAAAGGUGGAUAACAGAUGCAGUUGCAGUUGCAGUUGGUGGAACAAUCAAAAAUAAAAGAUCAUAGCAGACUGUGUUAUAAAGUCAAAAAAAUGGUUUGUUAUUCUGUUCCUUAUGUUAUCAAGACUUGAAAUGAUGUUGUUAUCAUGUUUUCUGGAACAUGUAUAUGAUCCAGCUGCAUGUAAUCACAUAAACUGCAUCCUAAAUAACAACAUACCAUGUAACAUUUUUAACUGAUAAACGCUUAUAAAAAUUCACAUAGAUAACAGCAUAUAAGAACCCCUGCAAUGAACUAAUCAACAUCAUAAAUCUAAAGACAAGUGGUGUCAAAACAAUUGGUACCUUUCAAAUUUUAAAGUGAUACAACUGGAAUUUAGAAAAUUUUAAUCGUGAUAAGUGAACGCGAAGGACAUACAUUUACAUUACGAAUAUUAUGUUAAGAUGCCUUACUGGGUUGUUAUGUUGUCUUGUUGGCCACAGUUACUUUUGGUAGUUAACAUAAUGAUGUUACACUCUUGUUUCUAUGCACAUAUGUAGUGCUUAUUACUCACUAAGUUAUUUAAAAAGAGCCCACAUGAGGGGUGUUUCAAUUAUGAUGUAUAAAGGGCUUUUAAAAAUCAUGUCAUGGCAACAAAACAUGAUUUCAACAUCUUAAAAACUUUAAGAUUCGUGGCGACUUGAUAGGCGUGAAGUGUGGCAAAGACAAAUCAAGGCGGCCAUGAUAUGUUAUGGAGGGAGUAUUUUUUUUUAAAGGAACUUUUUUUUUCUUAAUUUUUAGCUUUAUCUUGUCGGACAUAAAACGGUUAAGUUUUUAUUAUUAGGUUUUGAG